AUGUUGAAUCACCACAGUAAGCAAUGUGACACUAGCGUUACAUCGCAGCGCUUGGGGGACUAUUACGGUCGAGUAAGCAGAGCUGAAGAAAAUCAAAAAAAUUGCGAUGAACAAGUAAGCAAAAGUGCUACAAUGGCAGUGGUUCUGAGCCAACCAGUGUACGAUGUAUUCGUUCAGCAUGAUAGAAGUUUCCGUCGAACGGAUCGAAAACAAUAUGAAAAGAUGUUAGAAGCGCGAACAGAUGAUUUGCUGACUGUUACUCCAUCAGAGAGUAUUCAGGCUGCACUGACAAUUCAGACUGCCUUCCAUAAUAUAACACUCAUCAUGCAAGGAUUUUUGUCUGGAUUCGGCACUUCACAUGCUAUUUUUGCUUUUGCUUUUGCCGAUAUUGAUAUACUUUAUAAAAGUUACGCAUGGUUAGCGAUGGCAGUCCAAGCUACCUUCUACGCAUGCUUUGUGAUUAGCACUAUUGCAGCGCUUGACAGGCUUGAAAUUAGUUCUGGUUUAAUAGAUGGCUUGAAACGUGGGUUGAGCUUCCAGAGUGGUGGUUUAGACAUAUUGUUAUGUUUAAUUGGUACAGUAGCUACACUGAUAUCAACGUUAUAUGACGACUGGUUUGCAGCGCCAAUAAAGGAACAAGAAAGAAUUCAGGAUAUUGUGGUGAUGGACCCAUUGGUUACUUGGCGUUUAUUAAGCAGUAUCCGUGCAUUAGCUGGAUUAUUAAACUGGCUUUUUCUGGCUCUUUCACCAAACAGCAAUAUCUUAUUAAGGCAACUUCGUAAUCCGGAAUCAAUUAAUGAGAACUGCGAAAUGCCGUAA